AUUCGAGAAUUCCAAACAAAACGAAUUGCUCGUAAAUACAAACUACAGCGACCUCUGCACGUGACAACUGGUGUAAAAGGUAUAAGCGUAAUUAUUAAUAUAAUUAAUGUACAUAUGCUCUGCAGGUUUCUUACUACGUAUACUAAGUGUAAUAAUAAAUUCGGCAAUAAAAACUGAAAUUUUCUCAGGAAAAAUUUUAGUUAUAAAUGACUGAAAAAGAAUUACAAGUAAUUUUGUUUCAUAUAAGGAAAGGUUUAGGCAGUCUCAGUCUGGCAAGUUGCAAUUGUGACAGUGAUUUGUUUGAUUUUACUUUUAUUUGUCAUACUUUUCCAUUCGAAAUAUUAAAAUAAACACUUUCCAUAUAAUAAGUAAAAAUGUUAGCUACGACGAGUAAUACAGCUGCAACUGGUUCUGGUAUUCCCGACAAGGCAUGGCAGCCACAUUUUGUAACACUUGAAACGACCAUGGGCGAAAUUACAGUCGAACUUUACUGGAAGCAUGCGCCCAAUACCUGCCGCAAUUUCGCUGAACUAUCACGUCGUGGUUACUAUAACAAUGUAGUUUUCCAUCGGAUUAUCCGUGACUUUAUGAUUCAAGGCGGCGAUCCAACUGGCACCGGUCGUGGCGGCACUUCAAUAUAUGGCAACGAAUUUUCUGAUGAAAUUCACUCAGACCUUAAGCAUACCGGUGCAGGUAUAUUAUCAAUGGCCAACUCUGGGCCUGACACAAAUGGUUCGCAAUUCUUCAUCACAUUAGCUCCUACGCAGUGGUUAGAUGGAAAGCACACAAUAUUCGGACGGGUAUAUUCAGGAAUGCAGGUUGUAAAGCGUAUUGGCAUGGCGGAGACUGAUAAAAAUGAUCGCCCGGUAGAUAGUGUGCGAAUAGUUAAAGCGAAAGUAGAAAAAUACUAAAUCUACAUACAACUAUUUUAUAUUAUAUGCAAAUAUGUAGUUUAGAUAUUCAUUUUUAUAAUAACUCUAAUAACUUGUUUAUACUAAUUCAAAGUGUGUAUAAUUAAAUAAGGGGACAGGCGGUUUUCGGUAAAUUACCAUUUACCACCAACGGUUGGUCCUACAUAGUGCCAUCGAGCAUAUCCACAA